GAUGGGCGUCAAGUUUUCCGGGUUCGGCCCCUCAAAGUUCCAUGGAGGGUUCGUCCAGCGGGAGGCGGAGGAAGAGGUUCAGUCGGCGGCUCCUUCGCAGCGGCAGCAGACAUGCGUCCCGCCGACAGGUCUUGGCUGCUGCUCACCGGCUUCGUCCUCCUGUACGUGGUCUACCUCCUGUUCGGCGCGCUGGUCUUCUCCAGCAUCGAGCGGCCCGUGGAGGAGGAGCUUCGCCGCGACGUGGAUGCCCUCAAACGGCGCUUCCUCAACCACAGCUGCGUCUCGCCCGCCGCCCUGGACCUCUUCGUGGGCCAGGUGCUGGCCGCCAACAGGCACGGCGUCACGGCGCACAAGAACGCCUCCGCCCCGUCCAACUGGGACUUGACAUCGGCCAUGUUCUUCGCCAACACGCUGGUCACCACCGUAGGUUACGGUCACACUGUCCCGCUGUCCAACGCGGGCAAGGCCUUCUCCAUCGUCUACGCUUUGAUCGGCGUGCCGUUCACCAUGCUGGUGCUGACGGCCUGCGUGCAGAGGCUGAUGUACCCGCUGGUCCUCGCCCCCCUCGGCCUGCUGCAGCGUUCGGGCCUGGAGCCUCGGCCCGCCGCCGCCGUCCACUUCCUGCUGCUGCUGGUCCUGGUGGUGCUGUGCUUCUUUGCGGCGCCGGCGGCCAUCUUCAGCGCGGUGGAAGGGACCUGGUCCUUCCUGGACGGCUUCUACUACUGUUUCAUCUCACUGUGCACCAUCGGCCUGGGCGACUUUGUUCCCGGGACGCAGCCCGAGCAGAACUUGAGGCAGUUCUACCAAGGCACUGUCAUGGUCUACCUCUUCCUGGGCUUGAUGAUGAUGUACCUGCUGCUGCGCACCUUUCACAAGAUGGCCGACCUGCACGGCCUGACCACCUUCCUGCAGCUGCCGCGCUGCGAGGAGUCCGACCCGGACGAGGACCGCGAGCCAAUUAUGGAGAACGGACAGGGCGCCCAGAAGCAGCGGCCGCCGGCCGCCAGCGAGCAUCUGGCGCCGUCCUCGCAGCCGUCCUACAACUCCAUGGGUGCCUCGUGAGGCUCCUUUGCAAGAAUACACUGCGGACUCUUGUCUGGACUUUUCUGUCAACACUUCAUGAAGGACUCAGGUGAGAACUUUCACCUCACAGCCUCAGGAUGGCCUUGCACCAAAAUGUUUUUCUGAACACGUUUGUCUCGCACCUUUUGUUUGUUUGUCACGUUGUCGUCACGCCAACACACCUUUUUGUCUUUUUUGGCACAUAUCGGUCGCCUUCGCAGCUGCAGGGAAACUACUAAAUACUUUCUAAUGUUAGUUAAGCAGACUUCCUUUUUCAGUUAGCGUCAGGUCUUCCACUGCGGUGCUGCCCCCUGGUGUCUGCUUGUCCAUACUGCGCCUCCUGUUUGCAAAGAUGGAUUUAGGUUUGGGACAUUUCAUAUAGUAAAAAGUAUUCAAUGUUUGGGGCCAAGUUGAGAUGCACUUUAAUGUUCACAUCUUUUAAGUAAGUGUAAGCUGAUGGGAGUGCUUUAACAUGUGUGAUGUCAUCAUUAAAAAUGUUUGCUCACGCUCAAACAACUUCAAAUUGA